AUGGCAAUAACAGCACUUUUAGUCGCAAAAUCACUAAAACGAGAACGAAUAUUUCAAGACAGACAAAAUCCCAUGGAAAUGAUGACGAAUGAUAUGGUUUUGGCACGUUACAGAUUUCCAAAGACAGCAAUAAUCGAUUUGUUAAAAUUAGUUGCGCCACAAAUUGUUCGUGCAACUCAAAGAAAUAAUGCAAUUCCUCCAAUCAUUCAGUUAUUAACUGCACUAAGAUUUUAUGCAACUGGGUCAUUCUUUUAUGUUGAUGGUGAUGUGCAUGGGAUUAGCCGAUCCUCUGUCAGCCGUGUCAUGCAAGAUGUUUCAACUAUAUUAGGUAAACUGGCAGUUGACACAAUAAAAUUUCCAAGCACAGCCAAUGAACAAGAUGAAGUAAAACAAGGUUUUUACGAAAUGUCAAAAUUUCCUCGUGUAAUCGGAGCAAUUGAUUGCACACAUAUUCAAAUUAAAACACCGAAAGAAAACGAAGUGGUGAAAUGGCCUGGCUCAACACAUGACGCUUUCGUUUUGGCCCAGUCGAAUAUAGCAACAACGUUGGCUGCCGGUGUAGCGGGUGAUGGGUGGCUACUCGGUGAUAGUGGAUAUCCACUCCGGUCGUGGUUGUUGACACCAUUCCUUAAUCCAGGAACGGGUCCAGAACGACGAUUCAACAAAGCCCAAAAACGUUGUCGGUGUACCAUUGAACGUGUCUUUGGUGUUUUAAAGUCACGAUUUCGUUGCUUAGAUAAAACGGGUGGCGGUUUACAAUUUGUUCCAGAAAAAUGUGUGAAAGUCAUUUUAAGCUGUUUCUAUUUACAUAACUUGGCUAAACAAAUGAAUUUGCCGGAUGAUGAUGAAGAUCGAAUUCAACAGGUGUUGCUUGAUGAAUUUGACGAUGAAGUAAACGUUAACGGAGUUCCAUCCGGUACCGAUGUAAGAAAUGCUGUACUCAUUACUUAUUUCUCUUAA